AGGCAUCACUCGAAGCCCAGAGUACAAUGAUUGGGAAAUAUGGCUCCACGUCCACCUGUCAACGAACUACUCAUGGUCGCGCCCUGCGCUCGGGCCUGCCUGCUCUGUGCCAUCGCGGCAAGGGCGGCUAACACGGUGCCCAGCAGAGCGAAUCUUGAUUUGGGGUCGGGCUUCGGCAGAGACUCUGCAGAGAGCCAGAUAGGCAAUAAGCGUCAGGCUGUAAUGCGAGCAGAUGGGAACUGGCAGUGGCCAGCUCCAAAUCCGAUUGCGUUGCCUUCCGUUUCUGGAAGGGAUGAGGCUUCCGUCUGGGAGUCAGUGCGAGGCGUCAUGGCGCGCAACCAAGGAAUCGACCUGGACCCAGUGUCUGGCUCUGGCAGUUCGCUGGUGCAGGGCCAGGCGGGCAAUAAGCAUGAAGCCGUAAUGCGAGCAGAGGAGAAGCGGUGGUGGUGGCCCGCUCCGACUUCGGCUCCGACUCCAGCCCCGCCUCUGGCUGCAACUCCGGCUCCGCCUCCGGCUCCGCCUCCGGCUCCGACUCCGGCUCCGACUCCGGCUCCGACUCCAGUUCCUUUGGGGGCUCACGUGUGGGAGUCAGCGCGAGGCGUCACAGGAUUUCCAGAGAUGCAGGUGCCCGAGGUCAUGGAGAAACCCAACGCCGCGCUCGUUAUGUUCGGAGCAGGCACCAAAAGUGCGGUUGAGGAGAUAGGUUAUUACCAGGCAAUGCAGCAGCUGGGCAUUCUCGAUGAGUACCGCUACGCCAUCUCUGCCUCUGGGGGCGCGUGGGGUCUCGGAACAUAUUUUUAUCUACGAAUUUCCAGAACGACUCUACGACGUCGCGCGAGGAUUAUUUCGGGGCGCCUCAUGAUGGCUUGCAGCGAGCAGACGUGUGCAUACACGAGAAUUGUGGAGACUGCGUAGAGCCGGGUGUGUGCAAGGUCCCUGGAUUCAUCAAGCCUCUCUUUCGCCAGAAGAAACACAUUUUGGAUUCUCUGGGCAGUGCGGCUCUCGAUGUGAGCUUGGACUUCAUCAAGCGCUCACUUGGAAAGUGGGUCAGCAUCGAUCGAGACGGGCAUUUGCUCAAUGAUACCGAGGCGGAGGAGUGCUGGGAGCGUUUUGUAUAUAAUACUUGGUUAAAGGAUGCGAAUGUGCAUAGAGAUUCCAUUAUGGCGUUCAACCAAGAGCAUGCGCAACACAUCCGCAGGUCUCACACGUGGAUCUCCGCAAGUCCAGGGCAACCUGCACCUCCUGUUAUCACUCCGUCGCUUCCGAAAGCACCAUAUUUGAUGUUCUUGGGUGUCGUCUGCCAACUCUCAGAUUACACCCCUGAUGCGAAUCCGCCGUAUCAGCCGCUCGUGAUGUCAUCCAUAUACACAGGAGUAAACCCAGAGUCCGACGUCGAGUUUGAGUACAGCCCAGCGGAUAAUUUGUGGGAUUCAUGGUUUGGUUGGACACGACGUCGCAAGGCCACCGUGCGCAUGGGUGGUUUUGUGGAGACGAGUGCGUUUGGUUCAAAGUUUGGUGAUACAAUCAAGAGUGCACCUUAUCUUGGAUCCACUGGCAAUACAGUGAGUCCAGCGGACAUCUGGCAGACCACCAACCGCAGACGCCGGGACCGCCAGAAGAAGCCGUUCUCUCUCGCAGAUGCUCUUACCAUCACUUCUGACUUCAUUGGCCCUGCUUCAGAGUUCCCAGUCGCGUUUGUUAAGUACCCAGGGCUCGCGCUGGGUAUCCAAGAGACCUAUGUGUCCCCUUCUAGGGCUGCACGUGGCGAAACACUUGCACCAUCAGAGAUUUAUCUGGGAGACGGGGGAACUCUUACAACCACUCCAGUGCCAGAGAUGCUGGCUCGGGGCGUGCGGUGCAUCACCCUCUUCAUCGUCGCUGACGCUCCUCUGCCUACUUGCGUGAAGUAUAAUCCAUGGGGCCCUGAUCCCAUCAGCCCGAGGUUGACGCCUCCAAUUGGGGAUAACCUUGAUGGAAUAUCGGACGAUAUUUCAAGCUUGUUCGGCAUGUUCGACGAGGAAGCAGCUGGCUUUACUGCUGCAGUAGGGCGGGACAAAAAACACAAUCAGGUAUUUGCCAAAGAGUAUUUUGGCUGUCUCGUUCGGCAGAUGCAAGACCUUAUCGUCGCUGGCAAGGCCCCCAUUGUGGAGAUGAAUUUGGAAAGUGUUGCAAACAGAAGGUGGAACGUUCAGGCGGGGCAUCGCGUGCGCGUGACCUUUGUGAAAAAUGAGCGAAAUCCUAAGUUCGAGGCGGAAGUUCAAACCGCUAUGGGAGACCCAGGUGCUUGGGAGAGGUUCAGGGAACGCUGGAGGGAGCUCUGGUCGAAAGACUUCCCCUUCGCAAACACGUUCUCGUUCUCGCUGCUGGAUGUUCCGCUCCAGCACUCCAACAUUCGGGCCGCACGGGCAGCGCUACGUGCUCGACCACGCGGCGCAGUUCCGGCAGGCGGCGAGGUGCCCCGCAGAGAUCGGCCCGCCGCCCCCGUGCUCGGCGAGCCCCUGCGGUGGGCAGGCUGCCGCCUGAGUGCAGCCGGCAGAGCAGCGCAGCACGAGCUCGUCUGCCGUGGCACCACGGCGAAGCCCCGGCGGGAGCACUGCCCGUGGAGGUGCCGCGGCGCGCGACACAGUCAGAGUCUCCUUGGAAGAUGGCAAGGGCG